CUUGGAGCUACAGCUGCAAAGUAAGAAGUUUUAUGCUUAGACUUCAAAACUGACCAGAGUAUUCGGGCAUUUGGUAUGAGAAUCCAGAAAUUAAUGAAGAUUGUGUGAUUAUGGUUUCACAAAAAUAAGAGGAUAUUUUUGACUGGCUACAUCUGCAGAGUUAUGUUUCUUAAGAAAAUCAAGAAUGAAGCAAUUUUGAUCUCUGAUGGAUGAAACUCAUUGGAAUGGAAACUAACAUCUAUGAAAAAGAACAGGGCUCACCUUGUCUUACAUCUGCUGGGUGCCUGGAGACUCCAAAAGAACCAAAGCAUGAAGAAUACCAAAGAAAGACAGAAAAACAGGCAAGUCCAUCUGAAUUUAUGAAUGUUUUACUGGAACCUGAGUCGAGUUUGCUGUCUGCAUUAUCCUUAUCAGACCACAAUGAGACAUCCUUGGAACCUGGCAUGUCUGCAGGCUGUACCAGUGCCACCCAUCAGUCUGAGACAAAGCAUCUUUCUGAAGAAUUAGUCCAUUCUGCAAGGCACGAGCCCAAGGCAGAUCCUUUAAACCUUCCCUUGCACACAGAAUGGCCAGUGCAUAUAGGAAAAAAUUUAGACCAGAAACCAGAAAGGAGACAUGAGGUCAGAGUUAUAAAACACACACCAAGUGCUAUCACAUUUUCUGAUUUUGAAUUUUUAUCAGAUGAAGCUACCACUACACUCCGUGUUUGUGAGGCAGGAGAAGCAGAAGGUUUUUCAUCUGAAGAGGAAGAAGCAAAUGGUAAAGAUGAUGAUUUGUUUACAGAGCUGCCAAUGCAUGAGGCAUUUUUCAAUGGUCUCCAUAGAAGGAACGUUUCUCAAAGAAAGCAAGCUAAGCAUGAACUUACUACAUAUCAGCACACCUGUCAUUUAGAUGACUGUGAUGAUCAUUCUGAAAAGGAAAUGAAGGACCAUGGCAAGGAAGAGAAACACAUGGAGCUGGAGACCCAGGCAGAAAAAAGAUCUGAAUGGUCAGACUCUAUGUCAUCUCUUAUGAAGAAGCUGGAACAGUUGAACUUAGAUAUUGAAGAAGCUCUGAGUACUGGCUCUUCCCCCUCCAGUACUCCUACCAGAAGGCACAAGCAAAUGUGCCCUGUUCAGGUGGAGACAGGUUUUUAUGGGGAUCAUCAAGGAAAAAGAUCUUGGAAAAAUAGAAGAGCAGACUACCAGGAUCUAGACUAUUUACCUUACCCAGCGUCAAGUGGAGCACGACCUAAAACUGAUAUGCUGUUUCAGCAGCCAUGUAAGGAAAAAGCAGAUGUCAAGGAGGACAUCUACUCAUAUGCCCUUGGUGCUUUUCACAAAACUUCAACCACAGAAUUAGUAUGCAAUUCACUGCAGUCUGCUAUUAGGAGAACAAGCAAUGGAAAACCUCAGAUCUUUUCUUCCUUUCCAGUAGGAACUCAGACUUGCAACAUCACACUCCAGACAUUUCGUCUGCGAUAG